GCAAGUCACUUGCAGACGAAAUCUCUCUCAGCAUCUGUCAAAUAGCAGUACAUGUCAAACGAAUUUGGAGCUCGUUUUAUUUCAAUUUGUUAUUAACGCGUUCGCAUUCUUAUCCGAUUUCUACCAACAGAACUGCAUUGAAUAUAUGAAAAGCACAAUUUUCUCCACCCUUCGUUUCCUUUCAACAAUGAAGCUGCGAUAUUUUUACUGCACCUACAAACUUGCGAUCAGAGGUUAUACUCAAGUAGCGGCAAAUAAUCGUUUGAAUUUGAAAAGCGAAGUAUCUUCAUUUUCAAAGACCCUAAAGAAAUAUGUUCCAAGUUCCCUAACUGAACCAUCACAAGCAACAAGCUACUCUACCGAAUCUCUAUCUAAAUGUUGGAGAUGCAAUUCCGAUCAGAUACCUCUAAUAUUUUGUUCUAAUUGUAACGCACUACAAGAAUUACAUAAGGAUUUCAAUUACUUUAAAUUAAUUGGUAUCAAUGAGGACUACGAUGUUGAUACAUCAGAAGUGAACAGCAAAUACAGACGAUUACAAAACUUAUUACAUCCUGACAGAUUCAGUAACAGUUCUGAGGCAAGUAAUUAUUUGUUAGCAAAGUUUUUCUUUCUCAUCCUACUUUUCUUUGCGACAAUAUCUGGCUUUUUUUCUUCCAUUGUGUUGUUGCAGAAAGAAAAAGAGUUGUCUGAGAAUUUAUCGUCACUGGUGAAUAAAGCCCACAGUACCCUGUUACACCCUUUAAAAAGGGGGUUAUACAUGUUGCGGCUCAACAAUUUGGAUAUACCAGAAGGGUCAACUGCAUUGAACCCUACAUUUCUCAUGGAAAUAAUGGAAAAGAAUGAGGAGAUUGAGGCAGCUACUGUCGAUCCAAAAAAAGUGCUUGAAUUGAUCAAAGAAAACCGGAAGAUUUUGGGAGAAUCUUCAAGACAAGUUUCAGCCGCGUUUCAACGGAAGGAUAUGGAAGAGGCUAGACGCAUACUUAUUGAAAUGAAGUACUAUGCCAGUAUUGAAGCCAAAUUAAAAGCAUUGAAACAAGACCUGGGCAUUGUUGAGUAGCAGAACUCGUAGAAUCAUAAAGUCUGCUCUUUGAAUUGAGAUGAAAUCUCCCUCAUUCUCUGAAUAUUUUGUUUCAUAAAAGUGAAGACUUUACUUGAAUCAUGUCAAUUGUAAAUAGUGUAUUAUACAAAAGCAAAUAAAAAUGCGUUAAAAUAGGUA